AUGAACGUCCCAUUCCUUGGUGACGUCGAUGCACUCCAGCAGUACAUCCACAACAACAGAGACGCUGUCUUUGUGUCGCUAGACACCAAAGGCACGCCAGACAUCUCGGAGCUAGCCCUCUCUGUUCUCCCGGCACCCACACUCUGUCAACUGGCAAGCGGCCAUGGUGACAGGCCACCCUCAGAUAUGGACAGCCUUGUCGACGCAUACGGAGUGAAAACAUAUUCAUUUCGCGAGAACGGAAAGCACAAGAUCAAGAGAGGCAAUGGGUACCGACGACCUAUUCUCCAAUUUGGCACGGCCCAGUGGGUGGACGCCGCUGAUCUUGCGCCAGCCGUGACGGCCAAGUUGAAGGCCAUUUUGGUUGCACACUCGAAUACCACUUCCAGCGCCGGUACCCAUGUCGACACAAGCUCGCCUGACCGGCAGCAACCGCCUCUAGUUUUGGUCGUGUACCACAUCGGCCCAGAGGCAUACCACCUGGACAACGAGCUCAUCUCCGUCCGCGAAGACAUGACAUUUGCGGCUUGCGUCGACGUUGAAUGUUUAGUCAAGUCAUUGUCGCGCCCAGACGAACCCUCUGUUCAAAAUACGCCAAGAUUAGGAGACGCAUUGAAGGCGGCCGGUCUGUACUUUCGCGAGUCGGUCCACGUCGAGCAGAUUGUCGAUGGAGUGUUUGAGGACAUCAAACGGCGGAAAACUUCGUACCAUAAGCAACACGCCGCCGGCAAUGACGCGACCAGACAGCUUGGUCUCUUGGUUCACAUUCUACACGCGGUGGUAUCGGAAGCAGCAAACCCGAUAUUGCUAGCAAGACAACCUCUGCCAACACGGGCGACGGUUUCUGCAGGUGGCAGUGAUACCACCAAAGGUGCCCAAGCCACACCGGAACCUGUCCUUGACCGCUUACGGGCGUUGGUCAAGAGCAUGAGACGGCCACUCUACGUUCAUUCGUACCAAAGUGGUCCAACUGAAGAACAACUUCAGCGCGGCGACGACAAGCGCGCCGAGCGUAUCAAGAAGAAAGAGGAGAGGGACUUGGUCGGCUCAGAUGUAUUGGAAACAGGUGCAUUGGACGAUUUGUGGGUGAAUGGUAAUUAG